UGUAACCAUCGUAUUAAUUUUCUAACAUGAAAAUAAAUAUGAUGUCCUUCAAUAUUUCACUCGAAACGAAUCAAAAGCAGCAAUAAUAUGAUAUCCAGUUCACACGAUAAGAAAGUUCAUCACUUUAAAAUCAACAACAUUCACAUAUCAAACACUUGAGGUUUGGAAGUGAAGCAACAUAACAUUCCCCAUCACUUCAAAAAUGAGCUGGCAUGCACAUAACACUCGCUUGCUGCUUUUAUCUUGCUUCUUGCUUUCAUGUUCCGUUGUGUUUUGUCAACUGUCCAAAGACCAAGAUAUCACCAUGAUCACUCUCUCUAAGCUCCUUAACAACACUGCUUCACCAUGGGAUGCUACUAAGGAGCCAAACCCAUGUUCGUGGAUUGGAGUUAGAUGCAGUCCUGACAACACACGGGUAACCCAUCUUUUCCUAUCUGGCAUUGGUCUCUCCUCUUCUGAUUUUAUACCUGUUAUUUGCAAGAUCGAGUCUCUGCAGUGGCUUGAUUUCUCGAACAACCGAUUGAGCUCAAUCCCAGAUGAGUUCAUCAAUGUUUGUGGACAGAUUUCUGAGUUGCAGACUUUGAGUUUUAGUCAUAACUCUCUAGCUGGUCCUUUGCCUACUUUUCAUGGUUUUGAAGGAUUAGAAACCUUGGAUUUGUCUUGUAACUCUAUGAGUGGUAAUAUUAGUUUACAGUUAGAUGGGUUUCGUUCACUCAAAAGCUUGAAUCUUAGUUCCAAUAAGUUUAAUGGGCAUGUUCCCAUAAACCUUGGGAAAUCCAUGAUGUUGGAAGAGCUUCAGCUUUCGGUGAAUUCUUUCCAGGGUUCCAUCCCGUCGGAAAUAGUGAGUUAUCAGAAUUUGCACAGGAUUGAUCUUAGUGCAAAUCAGCUUUCGGGGUCUAUUCCUGAUGUACUUGGAAACCUAACCUACUUGGAAGUUUUGGUUCUGUCUUCCAAUAAGUUAAGUGGGGAGAUCCCAACAAGCCUUUCAAAUAUUCAAACCCUGCAGCGCUUCGCAGCAAAUGAAAACAAUUUCUAUGGUGGAAUUCCUUGUGGACUUACAAGGUUUCUUACGUAUUUAGAUCUUAGUUAUAACAGGUUAGCUGGGCUGAUACCACCGGACUUUCUGUCACAGCCGAAUGUGCAGACUUUGGAUUUGUCUUAUAACAUGUUGGAGGGUUCAAUCCCAUCAAAUGUAUCUCGAAACUUGGUUAUUCUAAAAUUGGGAAGCAAUAGAAUGAAUGGCUCAAUCCCUGUUUCAUUUGAAGCACUAACAAAUCUAACUCAUUUGGAGCUGGAAAACAAUAGUUUGACUGGUGUGAUACCUCCUCAAUUGAGUUCUUGUGGAAGCUUAGUGGUGUUGAACUUGGCACAGAAUAACCUAAUUGGUGCAUUACCAGCAGAAUUGGAUGGUCUUUAUUCACUUGAAGUCAUGAAACUCCAAUUAAACAAAUUGAGUGGUGAGAUCCCAAAGCAAAUCCCCCCUGCGUUAUCAACCCUGAAUAUCAGCUGGAAUUUGCUUACCGGUUCCAUACCUUCUUCAAUUGCAGGCUUGGACAACCUGGAUUAUUUGAACUUGCAAGGUAACAAUCUCAGCGGUUCAAUCCCUGAUAGUAUGCCUUCUGUGGUUGAACUACAACUUGGACAAAAUCAACUGAGUGGGAGGAUUCCAAAGAUGCCAGUGAGGUUGCAGACUGUCUUAAAUCUCAGCAGCAACCUCUUUGAAGGACCUAUUCCAAGCGAUCUUUCCCAGCUGAUGGGUUUGAAAGUCUUGGACCUCUCGAACAACAAGUUCUCGGGUGCUGGGGGUUAUACUUACCUGUUUGAACCACUUUGGUGGAUUGGCAUGAUAACAAUGAUUGCUGGGGAAAUUGCUAAUUUUGCAGCCUAUGCAUUUGCACCAGCUAUUCUAGUCACUCCUCUUGGUGCACUCAGUAUCAUUAUCAGUGCUGCUCUUGCACAUGCUAUUUUACAGGAAAAGUUGCACACUUUUGGGAUUCUUGGUUGUGCUCUUUGUGUUGUGGGUUCAACGACAAUAGUUUUGCAUGCACCUCAAGAACGUGAGAUUGAGUCUGUGAAGGAAGUGUGGGACCUUGCAACAGAGCCAGCUUUUCUCUUGUAUGCUGCUAUUGUCAUAACAGCUGCUGUUGUGAUUAUCAUUCGUGUUAUACCCCAUUAUGGGCAGACUCAUGUUAUGGUCUAUAUUUCAAUUUGUUCCCUCAUGGGCUCACUAUCGGUUAUGAGUGUCAAAGCACUUGGAAUCGCUUUGAAGCUGACUUUCUCGGGAAUGAAUCAGUUACUAUACCCCCAAACAUGGGCUUUUACCUUGAUUGUACUUGCCUGUGUAAUCACUCAAAUCAAUUACUUAAACAAGGCUCUUGAUACAUUCAAUGCAGCUGUUGUAUCUCCCAUAUACUAUGUGAUGUUUACUUCAUUAACAAUUUUGGCUAGCGUAAUCAUGUUUAAGGAUUGGGAUGGAAAGAAUGCAUCUCAAAUUGUCACUGAAAUAUGUGGAUUUGUAACGAUCCUUUCUGGGACUUUUCUUCUUCAUGAAACGAAGGAUAUGGUUGAGGGGUCAUCACAAUCUUCAUCAUUGCGCCUUCCUAAGCAUGAAGAAGAAGAUGAAGGACUUGACCCCGAAGGAAUCCCUCUACGACAAGUAGACACUCUGAGACCAAAAUAGUUGUAUUCUUUUAUUCUUUUUGUUACUGUCAUUCAAGAUCUUGGGUGCUGAUUUGGGGCAGAACGGGAAUUCCAGCCACAGACCUGUGUAUUAUCAAUCAACACACUGGGUGGGUUCUUUAUUUUCUUUGAGUAAACAAUGGGCGAAGAUGGCAAGACUUCUUUCUCAGAUAAAAAAAGGAGAUGGUCUCUUUCAGCUGCCGCCAUGUAUAGACAUUUAACUCCCCCCUUUCCUUCUUCCCCUCCUUGGGGGUUUGUAAUUUUGAGCAUUUUGUUCUUCAUAUUGAAUAUUAGCUUCAAGUUAUGAAGAAAUGCAGUUUACUUCUUCCCC